CCCUCUCAUCUUCAUCGGCAAAUUAAGGCAAACUGGAAGAGAAUCAAAACUUCCUUCUUUCACCACCGUUCCCAUGGCCUUCUCUCGGCGACGCCACCACCAUUAUAGCCGUAGACGGUGGCUAAUCCCGGCCAUCUCCGCUGCUUUUGGUUUUCUUCUCCUAUUUAUCUUUUUCCUCUCCAUUCUCGCUCCUUCUCCCAAUGGCAAUCGUCUCUUUCAUCUUCCCCGUCGUCAUUCCUCGGAUGACAAUGAUGCUGAUAAUGAGAUUGAAGAUUCUCAAUCUCACGUUCCGAUCAAGGCCAGAUCAGAAGGAGUAUCCGAUCGGGAUAUCUGGAGUUCCAGAAAUUCCAAGUUCUUUUAUGGUUGCAGCAAUGCUAGUAACAAAUUUCUAAAAGCACAGGACAUCACUCAUCCAAAUCGUUACUUGUCAAUUGUAACAAGUGGAGGUCUUAACCAACAAAGAACUGGGAUAACUGAUGCUGUUGUUGCUGCUCGCAUUUUAAAUGCUACUCUUGUUGUUCCGAAGCUGGACAAGAGUUCUUAUUGGAAAGACUCUAGCGGCUUCUCUGAUAUUUUCGAUGUUGAUUGGUUUAUAAAAUAUCUAGCAAAAGAUGUAUCAAUUGUAAAGGAACUCCCACUCAGAAGAGGACAGAUCUGGUCACCUUAUCGAAUGCGAGUUCCUAGAAAGUGCACUGACCGUUGCUAUAUAAAUCGUGUAUUGCCUGUACUUAACAAGAAACAUGCUGUACAGAUCACCAAGUUUGACUAUCGACUUGCAAAUAAGCUGGAUACAGAUUUGCAAAAGCUUAGAUGCAGAGUUAAUUAUCAUGCAUUGAAAUUUGCUGACCCUAUACUUAGAAUGGGUGAGAAAUUGAUCCAGCGAAUGAGGAUGAAGAGCAAUCAUUUUAUUGCUCUUCACUUAAGGUUUGAAUCCGAUAUGCUUGCAUUCUCAGGAUGCUACUAUGGAGGGGGAGAUAAGGAGAGGAGAGAACUGGGGAAGAUACGGAAGAAGUGGAAAACUUUACAUGACAGUGACCCAGAUAAGGCAAGGAGGCAUGGAAGAUGCCCUCUAACUCCUGAAGAAGUUGGCUUAAUGCUGAGAUCAAUUGGAUAUGCCGAAGAUGUUCAUAUAUAUGUGGCGUCCGGUGAAAUAUACGGAGGAGAAGAGACAUUGACUCCAUUGAAAGCCCUUUUUCCAAACUUCUACACAAAGGACACCCUUGCCACCAAGGAUGAGUUAGAACCAUUUUCUGCGUUUUCAUCUAGAAUGGCCGCUCUUGACUUCAUAGUUUGUGAUGAAAGUGAUGUAUUUGUCACCAACAACCAUGGAAACAUGGCGAAAAUUUUAGCAGGGCGAAGGAGAUAUUUUGGUCAUAAGCCUACCAUUCGCCCGAAUGGUAGGAAACUAUAUCGCUUGUUUUUAAACAGAAAUUACAUGACAGAGAAGGAAUUUGUAUAUAGAGUUGGUAAAUAUCAGAGAGGUUUCAUGGGGGAGCCAAAGGAGGUAGGGCCAAGCUGGGGUGUGUUUCAUGAAAAUCCAUCUUCAUGCAUAUGCGAGAAAGUAGAUAAUGCUACAGUAGAGAUUUCGCAUAGUAGCUCUCGACUUGAAACUUCGUCUAAGGUAACAAGUAAUGACUAUGACACUGACAUAUCUGAGAAUCCGGAGUUGGACAUGUUGCUUUCAGAUUGAGAAAGUAUCGACAAGAGCUUUUCAAGAGAGUACUUUUGCUUGUACAUACACCAUUCUUUUGAGCCUUGUUCAUUUUGAAACAUGCUUUGGCCGCACUUUGGUUGGCUUCUGAAGCCUUGCCAUGUAACAACUAACAAAGGACUAUAUUGCCGGCCUUGAAUUCAGUAUUAUUAGCAUUUGAAGAAGCUCCAACAGGAAUAUCGCUGAUUGUUAAAUACCAACUGCUGCAGACGGGUUCAAACUUUAGCUUCUUACCAUGGAACCCAAUCUACUUUUGCAAUUAUGGGUUCAGAAUUUCAUAUUUAUUACAUUUUUGAUGAUUUUUCAUAUGUAUAUAUUUAUAUUACGUGUCGAAAUUCGUUUAUUUCAUUGUUUCUAAUGUAUUAGGUAUUUAAAUCAA